AUGAUAUCCCAGGAGCUGAAGGACGAACUUGACGCCUUGGACGCCAUUUUUCCCGGGUGCUAUGACUUCAUAAGCGAUCAGGUCUAUCGUUUCCGAAUACCCAAGUACGAGUACAUUAGCAUUCGCAUCAGAUUUCCCGAGAACUAUCCGGAGGAAAUACCUCAAAUUUUAAAUGUCAAAUGUGACAAACGGGGAUUUGACGAGAAACAUGUAGCUCAACUUUUGCAAGAAGUCCUCGACUCUAUCUUCAAACCUGGGGUUGUGUGUGUCUUUGACUUUUUUACUGAGUGUGAUGCGAUUUUAUAUUCCGGGGAAGACGAAGAACAGGAGGCUGUAGACGCCAGUGUGGAAAUAUCUACUUUUGAGCGUGAUCCAGAACCGGAAGACGAAUCCGAAGGCGUUGACGAAUAUGUGGUUGACUAUACAUACAAUGAGGAGAAGGAACGAGCCAAGGCCAAAGCAGGACAGCAAAGGCCACCAAAGACGCUGGAGCCUCUGGCCAAUUGGUCCAUUUCCGAAGCUAUUAGCGAUAGAAAAUCAACCUUUGUUGGUUUUGCUCGUUCGGUAGAUUCGGUUGAAAAAGCCAUUGAGUACCUGGAACUGCUGAAGCAAGACCGAAAAGUGGCCAAAGCGAACCAUAAUAUGACGGCCUGGAGAAUUAAAGACCCAGAAACGGGAGCACAGUAUCAGGAUUGCGAUGAUGACGGAGAAACAGCAGCAGGUGGGCGGCUUCUGCACCUUCUAUCCAUCAUGGACGUCUGGAAUGUGAUGGUUGUCGUUUCAAGAUGGUUUGGAGGUGUCCAUAUUGGCCCCGACAGAUUCAAACAUAUUAAUGCGUGUGCCAGAGAUGCAAUAGUGAAGGGCGGAUUUGAGAUAGCGGACGUCAAAAAGAAGAAGAAAAAGAAGAAAUAG